AGCGGGGCCGCUCCUUACCAUGCCGCCUGGAUGCCGCAGCUGCGCGGAGGAGGGGUCGUCGGAGUUGUGCUCGGGCCCCGGGGAGAGGCGGCUGGCUCCCGAAAGAUUUUUCCCGGAGCUCUGAUUCCUCCGCGCUCCCUCACCUUGUUCCUUUGCCCCCGGUGGCCCCGGGCGGCUCCAGGCCGAGCUUUCAGCUCCUGCCUGUUGAUGGCUUCCUCCUGCCGAGAUUUCCUUCGUAUACAAAUAAGUCUUUGCGGGCGCCAGCGCCUGCAGCACAGACUAAAGAUCGGAAAGCAAGUGCACAGCAGAAACGACCGUGACAGUGAUGUUUACGGCAGGGACGCUAGCAGCGGCAUAAGCAGAGGGUGAUGAGUAGCGUAUCGAGGCCGAUACCCACUCUGCAACCGGCCUUGAUUGGGUGCCAGGUGGCCUGAUUCGGCAGCAGCUGUCAGCAGGCCAGUGAGUGGAGAAAGUCGAGGUGGUAGAGCAUCGAAUGGCAGCCAGCUUUUUCUGUGAUUGUAAACCCCAGAACACCUUGUGGCUUGGGGAAUGUGUUAAAUCUAAAUCUUAUUAGGUGGAUUUGCCAUUCCGUGCUUGUAGAAAUCAAGUAUGUAGUACUCUGAAUCUUAUCUAAAGAUAAGCCGUUGAUUGUGAUUUCAGCGUCAAAAGAAGUACAACAUAUUUUAUUUAAAAAGUUAUUGGACCCCUUAUGGAUAGCCUACAGGGGACAAUUCAUCUCUUUCGAAAACCACAAAGAUCUUUUUUUGGGAAGUUAUUACAGGAGUUUGGACUUGUAGCAGCUGACAGAAGGGGGACAAUUCAUCUCUUUCGAAAACCACAAAGAUCUUUUUUUGGGAAGUUAUUACAGGAGUUUGGACUUGUAGCAGCUGACAGAAGGUCCUGGAAGAUAUUGCUGUUUGGUGCAAUAAACUUAACUUGUACUGGCUUCCUGCUUAUGUGGUGCAGUUCCACUAAUAGUAUAGCUUUAACUGCCUAUACUUACCUGACCAUUUUUGAUCUAUUUAGUUUAAUGACAUGUUUAAUAAGUUACUGGGUAAUGAUGAGGAAACCCAGCCCUGUCUAUUCAUUUGGAUUUGAAAGAUUGGAAGUCCUGGCUGUGUUUGCCUCCACAGUCUUGGCACAGUUGGGAGCUCUCUUUAUAUUAAAGGAAAGUGUAGAACGCUUUUUGGAGCAGCCCGAGAUACACACGGGAAGAUUAUUAGUUGGUACUUUUGUGGCACUUUCAUUCAACCUAUUCACGAUGCUUUCUAUUCGGAAUAAACCUUUUGCUUAUGUCUCUGAAGCUGCCAGUACAAGUUGGCUUCAAGAGCAUGUUGCAGAUCUUAGUCGAAGCGUGUGUGGAAUUAUUCCAGGACUUAGCAGUGUCUUCCUUCCCCGAAUGAAUCCAUUUGUUUUGAUUGAUCUUGCAGGAGCAUUUGCUCUUUGUAUUACGUAUAUGCUAAUUGAAAUUAAUAAUUAUUUUGCUGUAGACACUGCCUCUGCCAUAGCAAUUGCUCUGAUGACGUUUGGCACUAUGUAUCCCAUGAGCGUGUACAGUGGGAAGGUAUUACUCCAGACAACACCACCCCAUGUUAUUGGUCAGUUGGACAAACUUCUCAGAGAGGUAUCUACCUUGGAUGGAGUUUUGGAAGUACGAAAUGAGCAUUUUUGGACCCUAGGUUUUGGCUCAUUGGCUGGAUCAGUGCAUGUAAGAAUUCGCCGAGAUGCAAAUGAACAAAUGGUUCUUGCUCAUGUGACCAACAGGCUGUACACUCUAGUGUCAACACUGACUGUUCAAAUAUUCAAGGAUGACUGGAUAAGGCCCUCUUUACCAUCGGGGCCUGUUGCAGCUAAUGUCCUAAAUUUUUCAGAUCAUCACAUAAUACCAAUGCCUCCUUUAAAGGGUAUUGAUGAGUCGAACCCUGUCACAUCAACUCCAACUAAACCUAGUAGUCCACCUCCAGAAUUUUCAUUUAACACCCCUGGAAAAAAUGUGAACCCAGUUAUUCUUCUAAACACACAAACAAGACCUUAUGGUCUGGGACUUAAUCAUGGACACAUACCUUAUAGCAGCGUUGUUAAUCAAGGAUUUGGAGUUCCAGGAAUUGGAGCAACCCAAGGAUUCAGGACUGGUUUUACAAAUAUACCAAGUAGAUAUGGAACUAACAAUAGAAUUGGACAACCAAGACCAUGACAUACUGUGAUUUAAUUUAUUUUAUGAGGAAUAUUGACUCCUUGACUUCCUUCCUAUUUACUUAGUAAUCCACUUUGCAUUGACUGUUCAAUCAUUUGUUGUAAAUAUUAGAGAAUAGUAGGCUAGUUCAUGUUAAAUGAAACUAUAUUUUUGUAAGAUAUAGUUAAAACAGUGAGAAACUUCUAAAUGUUGUAGGCUUUAAAUAGGCUUCCUUUAGAAAGUGUAUUUCUCUAAAUUUGAAUUUUGCUAUCUUUGGUUUUGAAGUUGACUACAGUGUGAUAUGAGAUUACCUUUACAAGAGAACCAUUUGAUGGA